AUGGUCAACUAUCCUCAAGAGCUCGGCAGAGCUACCUUCACCUUCAUUCCCAAGGAGCUCUCGGUGUCUGCUCCCAGCAAAAAGGUGCGCCCAGUGCGUGGUCAGGCGGAUGGAGCAAUCUGCCCGAUCGGUUUUGAGAGGCUUGAGGGCCUCGACUCGGGCUCGACAGUCUUAGCUCAGAACGAGCACGGUGCAAGUCUUAAACCUCCAAGUAGAACGUUUGAGAGGCUGUCGACUGAGGAGCCAACAGGGCAAAUUGUUGUGGCCCUUUUCGAUUACGCUGGGCAGCGUUCUGAUGAGUUGACUCUCUAUCGAGGCGAUCGGAUCCGAGUU